AUGUUAUCAUUUGAGAGGAGGUUUGGUUUACCUGGAACUGCAGGGGUUGAGAAACUGUGUAAACCUGCCGACCCUGCCUUGCCUGACGUAUAUAGUCCAACUGUACUAGAGUUCUUGAAUGGCACGACAAGAGGAGUUCGGUCCUGUGAGGAGUUAUCUGAUAGCCAUCAGUAUGAGCGCGUAGAUGUGAGGAGUGUAGGCACACAGACUGUGAUGGAGUUGUCCCCUACCAUGGGAAUGGAGAAGUUGAAAAUGGAAAUGGAGGACAGUGACGAGUUGAAUAGAAUUUACGAGGAGAUCGAGGAAUUGGUUAAAGCUCGCCGGAACGAAGGGAGAGCGGAAGAUGUGGUGGAGAUGUUAAAACACGCCUUCAGCUUGCUUGAUCAGCUGGAUGGUGGCCGGCCCGACAGCGGGUUUGCAGAGCAGCUUGAACGUUCCGGAGCGUUUACUCCUGUUGAGGGUGGAAUGUCUGCUGAUCUGUAUGUUAUUGCAGAUCCUAAUCUUGAGACCCCACCCCAGUAUUAUAAUAUCCCUGGAAGGGAAGAGGUUGGUUUAAGUGAGAGAGUAGGUGAAGAAGGACUUCAAGAUGAUACGAAUAUGCAUUUCGAGUAUUUUGAAAAUUCAUUGCAAGGAUCGCCUGUUGUGAACGCUGAAAAGUCCGGUGCAAUUGAUGAAUGUGCAGGAGGAGGAGUACUAAGCGCCCUAGAGUGUGCGGAAAAUGGAGCUGUAAUCGAGCCUGGAAAUUCAUUGCAGGGAGCAUAUGUCGUGAAAGCUGAAAAUUCCGGUGUAACCGAUGAAUGUGUAGGAAUAGGAAAGUCCGUAAGCGCCGGAGAGUGUGCGGAGAAUGGGGCUGUAACCGAGACUGGAGAUUAUUCGAAAGACGACAUUUAUUUCGACAUGGAGAGCCCUAGAGUUGAGGCCAACGUGUUGGAGUCGGUUACUGAGUCUGCUUGUAAAGAGAGACGUCAAGGGAGUCAACGGGUUCGACGCACGGAGGUUGAGCGCUUAGGCGGCAUGAUUGUUGAUCCGACUCUAUGGUCCCGCACCGUGCGCAAGCCGUAGUUUAACUAUGGUUA